CCCUUAACGGUGUUAGGGUUUUUUUGGGUUGAAGAGGAAACCGACGACACACCCGAAGAAUCACCGCUUGAUUUCGUCAAUUAUAGUAAUUAGCCACUCGAUUUUGUUAAAUUGACUGAGAAAUUAGUCGACUUUGAGUUCCGAUAGUAUCUAUUGUAACAGGUGAUAAUGGUAUAUGCUUGUAUGAGAUACUGACUGAUGGAUCCUGAAAGCAAGAGGUUUGGAAGAGGUCCGAAGGAACUUACGGGUGGUGUGGAUCUUAUAAAUUACUACAAAUUAUUCCCUCAUUAUGAGCUCUUCUGCAAGAAGUCGCUUCCUUUAUCCAUUUCAGAUGCACAUCACCUUCGUAAUGUUGUUGGAGACACAGUGAUCCGGAAAGGUGAAGGAAUGGAAUUGAAUCAGCUCAUUGAAAAGGAAAAUACAUCCUUCUCAAAGUCAAGAGUCACAAAUACACGCAUACAACCAUUUGACCUAAACGCCCUCAGGGAUGCCUUUUACUUGAGGGAAACUUUUCCCAUUGACCUGCCACCUUCGGAAAAGGGGAUUCCUACCCAAGUUGGAAUAUCUAAAAGUGAAUCUAAGGACAAAGAAAAGAAGCAUAAAAAACACAAGGACAAGAAUAAAGAGCAUAAAAAACACAAACAUCCAAGUAAAUGUCAUGAUUUUGGUGCUGAAAACUUGAAGAAACCCAAUGAGAAGAAAAGAAGGCAUGAUGGAGAUGAGGACCUCAAUGGCAUUCACAGGCACAAGAACAGUAAGCAUAAGAUGGACAGAUUUGUCAAACUAAUUAAGAACUAUCCAAAGAGCAACCGAAUAUCAUUAAGAAGGUUUUAUACAUCCUCUUGCAUGAAGUCUGGUAGUGAACAUUGAUAUCAAUUUUGUUGCAUUUUAGAAAAGAUGCGAGGAUGUGUGUAAAUCAAAUGGAGAACAUAAACCUUGCAAAAGGUUGUUUUGUAUUUGUUUUUACUUAUUUUAUUUUAUUUUAUAAAGAGGUGCUUGUUCAUGUU